UCCAAUUCCAAAUUUUAGCUCACUUAAUUAUGUGGAUCGCUCUUAUUACCAAUUGUAAACAGCAGUUGGUACUUAUUUAUUUCGCUGCGGAAUAUUGUUUCUGUCCAUACGAUUCAAUUUGAAUGCAAUGUUUAAUCAACAUUUGUACUUGAGGAUUUUCCUCCGUAAUAAUAAUCCGUUUUCAUAAUAAAACAUCAUUUCGCCUAAAAUCAUUGAAAUAUUUAUUGCAUAUUACAUAUGUAUGUACGCUACUUACUAAUGAACACAGUUUCAUGCCUAUUUACGUACUUACUUACCACGCAUGUAAAUGUUUAUUUUCAAGACUUUCUUAUCACGUCCUGCACGUAGUUUGCAAGUAAAUACUUCUGCAUUUCUAUACCCAUGACGAAAACAUGAAAACAGGCCGUACAAUAACAAGAAAGUGAAAAUACAAUUUCCGAUUCAUGUACGAAACCAAUGUAACCAGAAAUCUAUUAAAUAUCUGCAACAUGACUGAAUUCACGCAUCGACUAAUAGUAAAUACAUGUGAAUUUCGCAUUGCUCCCAAUCUGUCCUUACACAAGUAAAUUUCAGCCAGGGGAGGAAACCAAGAAAACUCUGACAGAUUUGAGCGAGAAAUUGAAUUAAUUUAUUUUUCUAUCCAAACUUAUAAUAUUAGUCCGUCUCUAAAAGUAAGUAUAUACAUAUGUAAUAUGCGUGUAAUACGUUAUUUGGUAUGCAAAUAUGUAUAGCAUUGGCUGCUGGAUCGGAAUAAUUGUUUUUUUAGUACGGGAAAAUUGAGAGAAUUUGUCGAACGGGACGGAGAAAUGUGUGAGGGUUGUUGUUGACAGUUGAAGUGCUGCUGUCCUGCGAAGUCAACUCUGGGCAUUUGACUAGCCAGCGCCAUCAACUAUUCGGUUGUGGAGAAAGUCGCUGGACUCGGGCGAAGGACAAGAUAUGAAUAGAUUAGCCAAAAAGUCAAGUCACAAGAAAGUGAGUAAAUUUGACGUUGUAAAGUCCGUUCGGAGCAAAUGAUGGAUCGUUUCCUCCGAACUUGAAUCCAAAUUCCAAAUCUAACUCACCGGUCUGACUCCCAGGGUUGCGCAGAGGGGAAUGGAUCGUGUGAUUUUCAGGGAGAAAAUUACAUCCAGAGUCCAAAUGCAUGUGAAAUUUUCGUGAUUUUAGAAUUUUAGCCGUGUUGUAAAAAAGAAAUGCUGAAUAGUGAGUUAAAAAACUACUUAUGAAUAUGAGGACGUAAGUCAUUUUUUUAUGUUCCCUGCUGCAUUUUUCAGCAAAUCGUUCUGAAUUUACUAACACUUGCCCAUUUCUCAUGUCACUCUUCCCACCAAACUCGGACUUCAAUCUAUAAAUGUCCAGCAAACAUUAGAAACGAUUCGAAUUCAGAAUGUUGAAUCGAAUGUUGAAUCGAUUCAAUAAUAAAAUAGUCGAUAAAAACUGUCAACGCUGAACAAAACUCUGGUUCGCGAUUGAAUAGAGCAGACCAACGAGGAUGACAUGGAGAACAUUAGCAAGGAUUCUAUCCUCAAAAAAAUGGAACCAACCCGCACCCAUGCCGAGUCUAAAAUUCUCCUGUAAAACAUUUCGCGUAAUUUCCUUAAGACUUUCUACUCCGGGUUCAAACGAUAAAUUUAAAGUGUAAUUUGGCUGAAACGAGGGGAAAUAAAUAGAUUAAGAGUUUAAAAGAGUUUAGGGAGAUUAAAGUCUGCUCGGUCGGGCAGUUGGACUAAUGUACUUGCACGAUUUCCAACUCACAAAUUUCCCAAGCCGACGACAUUCAAACGGAGAACAUUAGAGAUACUUUUACUUUUAGUUAUCUCGACUCAAGGUGGACCGUCCACUAAUUCCACGCAAUGCAAAUCCCACCUCGACCCACCCAGCCACGCCGUCCCAUCCCCUCGUCCUGGGUGCACUAUCCUUGGCGACGAAAUGUGAGCUGGCUGUCGUCAACUGGUGAAAAACUCGAGUCUUUUUAUUUCAAAACUUUGUAAUACUUUUCCAAAAAUUUGUUUAGUGGAACAAAGUUGCAAUAAAAAUAAAACACUGGAAAUGUAAAAAGUCAAGCGGAGUUGUAAGCUGGAGACUCAAUGCUUAAUGUCGUAUACCCGAUGCUGAGAAAAUCGAGAGAAAUCGUGGUUGGAGUAAAUUCCUGUCUUAUCGUGUCCCACCGCGGUGGGACAGGAUGAGACAGGAUGAGAAUUUGCAUAACGCACAACUCAAGGGUGGAGGAUGAUAUUUCGCUCAUUUGUCUCAUAUUUUCUCCAUAACAAAAAUAAAAGAGAGUAAUUAUACUUUUUAAUAGACCAGAAGCCUUAAAAACCUGGUUCACACCGAGAACGAUGUCCCGCCCAUCCGUUCUGAAUCAAACAAUUAUCGAGGAGUCGUAAGAACAGAGGAGACUAUUUUGCCAAAAUCGUCUGCACUCAGCAACAAAUCCUCCGCUCGAGUUCGACGUAUCUCUGCCCGAUCGAAAACUCCAGUAGGGGAAUUUCCACUUUUGGGAGGAUACAUUGCGGCUGCUUCUGCUAUGGAACCGAGCAAUGAUAAGGUGAUCAAAGCACCUUCAGACAAUGAAACUGGUGUCCAAUUUUCUUCUCAAACUAGUCUUCAAUUCAAACCAUCUCGGUCUAAACAAGCAAAAAUUGUGUCUCUUCCACCUUCUAAAUUGACCCAAGCCAUUAUUGAGGAUCUCGCAGCUUGUUCUCCUGCUCCUCAGCCGUCCCCAGAUAAUAAAAAACGUCGAAGAAUGCGAUCAAACGCUGAGACAUCUAAGGCUACUGCACAAGUCGAAAUCGUUGAGACUAGAAAGCCAUUGACCAGAUCAGGAAGUCGCAUCAACAGCCAAAGCUCUACAUCUUCCAUCAGCCGAGUCAAGAGCGAAAGCCCAGUCUCAUCUUCCGCCGCAGGGGAGGAGUCCAAGUCGAGUGGAAGACCUGUCCGUAAAUUGAAAUGUACUGUGAAAGGAUUUGCACCCGAAUUGUCAACUGUAGUUGGGGAAUCAACUUCAAUGAUUGACCCGUCCAUUGUCGAUAAGACUCAACAAUUAUCGUCCCUUGGAGGAAAAGAAUCACCAGCCCCAACUUCUCAACCAACAAUGCUAGGAUGUUCUGGAAAUGUGGGGAUAAAUCAAAAUGAGUGCCAGUUUUGUUUUAAAUCGUUUGGGAGUCCUUACCAUUUGAAUCGGCACCUACAAACUCGAGAGCGCCUAAUUCUGAAUGGAGACAUAUUGCCAAACACUUGCCCAACUCGCAGGCUGCCGAUCCCGGAUCCGGCGACGGGACGAAAUACCUAUCCCUGUGGUGACGCUUCGUGUGGUCAAGUAUUUCGUACUUCUAUUGAGCGGACAAAUCACGAACGAACCCAUGUUGUGAAAGAAAAUGACAGUUUAAGUACGGAAGGGAGGAAAAAAUUUCAAUGCCCCAAUCCCAGUUGUGGCCGCCUCUUAUGUAACAAAGAGAAGCUCGAUGAUCAUAUUAAGAAAUGUGGUAUCGAUGACAAAUUUAAGUCGCGUCACUCAAGAGUUCCCAGGCCAGUUUACGAACUGAAUCAGGAUGAAAUAUUCGAAUGCGGUGAUUGUGGGAAGACAUUCACCACGUCGAAUGGUAUUCAUUUCCACAAAAUCAGAUUUCAUACUCGUUUUCCUCCUCUUUCGGAAAUGAGUUUGUCAAUAAUGCAACGUAAGAACCCGUUGAAGUUUACUAAUGGAUUUGCCAUUCGAGAAGAGCAUCACAAGAGCCUAGAUGAUCCCAACUUCCGUCCAGAAUUGGAGUGGCUAUACAAGUGGGUUCUCGGGCACAUGAACUACAUGGUCCAAAAAACCAACGAUCACAAAUACGGAGUAUACUUGGCCGGCUCCCUAGGAACUAACUUCAACUCCAGCCAGGACGUUGGGGAUUUCAUUAAGGACAACCCUGAAUCAUUUAAUCCAUAUUGGGGUUCUGACACUGGAGGAUCUCCAGAUAUUAGCAGCCGUCAUAGAACUUGGCCUGAUAUGUCCCCGCUUGGGAGGGCCGCCCAACUGCGCAUGCAGAUUGCGUGCUUGGAACGAAAAAACUUUCUGGGUAAUUGGUUGGACAAGGAGACGAAAAUGCGAGAGCAAGAAGCUCUCAUGAUUUUGAUGUGCCUGAUCGAUGCUGAAUAUGAGCCACUUCAUGGGAUUCCCCAAUACAAAUUUUUGAACAAAAGAAGGGAGCUCAAGGCCCUAGCUCAUCUGACAGAUGAAUUUAUCCGUCCUUACAUUCAAAAGGCCCUCAAAGGAGUCCAGUUAUUGUGCUUUGAAAAGGGAUGUGACAUGUCCUGUGAAGCUUUGGUCCAUCCGGAUUGGUCGAAGAUGUUGCUAGUGGAUAUGACAAAGGUCAAUGAUGAAGAGGACGAGACUCACGAGACUGAUGAAGAUGGUGCAAUGGAUUGGGAAAAAGAGCCAGGACAUGGGGAUGAUGCACCAAUGAAACUCCCCCGACUCAGCGAUGAAGUCGACAUACAAACGGAAGUGGAAUCACGACUUAAACAACUUCGAGAAGAGAUGAAAAAAUUCGACCCUAACCACUACGUUUACACAGUCAUUACUCCAGAUGCUCGCGAAUUUGGUGCGGACACGUCCGCUGAAGAUAUCUGUACACAGAUCCUGGUCAAAAAGCGAAAUGACAUCACCAUCCCAAUCUACACAGGUGUUAACAAUAAAGAGGAAAUGGCAAAAUAUGAGUCUCACGCAGUUCGCCGUCAAAUUAAAUCCGGAAGUAUUGGGAUUGUCAUUGAUGUAAAAGAGUUCCCAUCCAGGCGUCUGGCUCGUAUGGAGGAAUGUCUUCGACUGCUUCAUUCUUUCAUCCAAUGCCGGUUUUGGAAGAAAGGGAUGAAGUUCGAUCCGCUAAACCAACACAUGGAAUGGCUUCAUCUCUCAUUGUGCAGCGAGAAGCAGAUCAAGCAGGCAAUUUUCUGGGGACUCCUCGGAGUACUCCCUGUCAUUCUUUGUUCUCCGGAAAAAAUUCCAACGUUAUCUGCAUUGUUUAAAUGCAGCGGCUACCCAAUUUUUUUGCACAGCCAGGUCCUGAAAGCAUCCAAAUAUUAAUUUUCUGGCUUUUUUGUUUUUACUUCUCGUAUUUUCUUAAUUUUGAAUCUAAUAAAAGAUUACUAGCUUGAAUUAA